CGCAAAAGUGGAAGGUGAAAUACCACAGAAGAAGAAGAAGCGAGUUGGGGAAGAGGCGUUGUAGGCUAAAUUGAAAACAGAAAUGGCGCGGUAAGCUAACUCCGUUACUUUCCAGCUGCCAGGCCGUGGAGGACGCCUCCAGCUCGGAUCGACAGCCUCGCUCUGACGGGGAACAAUGCGGAUCAGCUUUCCAGCCGCGUAAACAGCAGGAGCGUUAGCAAGCUCGACCCGAUCCUUUGUCCCCCCGGUUUGACUCUACAACACCGAUCUCUGGGGAUUUCGCUUUCAUUCUAAACAUCUGCUAAACAGAACCAGCAGCACUGAAAGCAUGGGAGAUGUCCUCCAACGGGAAGGUCAUACCUCACACUCCUCUGGCCGUAGACUUCUGGCACGUGCGGAAAUGUCCGAGCGCGCGGCUGUUCUUCCUGUCCCACAUGCACUCGGACCACACGGUGGGUCUGACCUCCACCUGGAGCGGCCGGCCCAUCUACUGCUCCCCGGUCACCGCCAAGCUGCUGCGGAUCAAGCUGAAGGUCAAAGAGCAGUGGAUUCAUCCUCUGGAGAUCGGUGAACCGUAUUUGCUCCCAUUGGACGACAUAGGCAAGGAGAGGCUAACAGUCACCCUGAUCGAUGCUAACCACUGUCCGGGGUCCGUCAUGUUUCUGUUUCAGGGUUACUUCGGCUCAAUCCUGUACACAGGUGAUUUCAGAUAUUCACCCUCGAUGCUUCGUGAGCCUUGUUUGAUGAACCACACCACUAUAGACGUUCUGUAUCUGGACGAUACCAACUGUGACCCCAACCGCACGCUGCCUACCAGGCAGAAAGCAACUGAAGAAAUCAAGGAGAUCAUCCGCAGACAUCCUGACCACAAUGUUGUGAUAGGUCUGUACUCUCUGGGUAAGGAGUCCCUUCUUGUGGAGCUUGCCAAAGAGUUUCAUACCUGGGUUGAGGUGAGUUAUGAGAGAAUGGAAACCCUCAAAGUUCUGGAGCUGCAAGACGUCUUUACCACUAAGCAAGGAGACGGCCGUCUCAGAGUUGUGGAUCAGUCCGAGAUCACCUCUGCAGCGUUGCACGACUGGAACAGCGAACAGUCCACUUUGGUCAUUUUGCCCACCAGCAGACCUAUCAUCUCCUACCUUCCCAAUGUCCACGUAGUUCCUUAUUCGGACCACUCCUCCUACCAGGAGGUGGUGGAUUUUGUCUCCACGCUUAAGCCGUUGUCCCUCAUACCCAUUGUAAGAAAUUAUCUACCUGGGAGUCUGAUGGCACUAGUGCCACACAAAAAGUGUUGUGAAAUAUUCAUCCCCGAAUCAGUGCGGCACUACAUGCUAAGACAGCCCGAGAGAGCGCUCAGCUCUUCAGCGAACGCCGGCCUUCGCCGCACACACUGCAGAGCUCUUAUUCCCAAAGGAGUGGUCUUCGAUUCUCCGCUGAAGGGAUCCAAGCAGGCUCGUCACGACACUUGGGAGGCAGAUAGCUUGGAGAAGACUGGCUCUGAAGAAGAAAUGGACUUUGAAAGCAGCGAAAGAGGCUCUGACUGCGUCUUGUUCGAUCCGAGCAUAAAACUCACUCCUGACAAAAGCAGUGAUGGAGCUGAAGAUUCAUGGAACCUCAGUGUUGUUCACACAGUGUCUGAAGCCAUGAUGGCAGAGUUUGUGCCUCUCAGUAAAUUCACUCAAACGGAGAUUUCUGCCAGCACCAAGGCCUUCUUGAAGCCUCUCGCCAUCACCAGACCUCAAUUUAAAGCCAAAUCUAAAGCCUUCAACAACAAAAGAGCUCAUAAAGCUGUUCAGAGGAGCCCAGCACUGUCAGAUGGGGAUAACUCGCACAGUGGGAAUGAUCAGACGCACUCACCAUCUUUGUUUCCCAGCAGUCCUGAGAGUGUCUCCUGCACUUCGUCCAGCUCCUCCACAGGGUUGCGUAAGCAGAUAGAGAAGCUAGAAAACAGGCUGCUGGAGUGUCUCCCCUUCACAGAGAAAGACCUGAAGCACACGGGCCUCUUGUCCCAAAACUUCAUCAAGAUGUUCUCCUUCUCGCCUGUGAAACUUUCAGAAGACGAGGAUCUCUAACAAAUACUGUGAACGUUUCUCUGGCCUUCUGUUUAGAGCCUUUUUGAGUUGAAAAAGUGCACCUUAAAACUUUCUUUUCACUAAAAUGGAUUUAUUUUUGCUUGAGUUGCACCUUUAUUCUGAUUCUGGCUAUAAAACAUGCUGGACAGAGAGAUUUUGUGUUGAAUAAUUAAGAAGAAAUUUGAGAGUUUGUUGCAAAAAAAAAAAAAAAACUGUCAUAAUAAUGAGCAGAGUUGAGAUAUUUUAAGGAGUAAUGAAGGAACUUGAAUGCAGCUUCCCUCUGGUAUGUGUGGACUUACAUGCACAGCUUAACCAGAAUGUCGGUCAAAUUCCAACUCCUCUCUUCUGUUGUUCUCAUAUUAAGUUUGACCUGCAGGAUGCAGAUAAAUAUUUGUCAAAUCUCAGUUUUCUACUUUUUGUUGUUUCAAUCUUAAAACCAUCUUUUCUGUUGUCUUGCUGUUUGUAACAUUAAAAAUAAAAGCUUUAUUUAUGUUUGUUUAGUGUUUGUUGGUUGUAAAGCCAUUCUGUCUAAAUUAUAACCUAUAAAAGUGUUUUUUUUUUCUUUGCACUUACAUUUUUAUUUCAUUUGAAGCUAGAACAGUGUUGUGCACACCUACAUGUGUUACUGUACUACUUACUGAGGUAUUGCCUUUAACUUAGCCAUGUUGUAGCUUUUGUUUAAUUAUUAACACUAAAGGUUUACUAUUAUUUUAUGGUAAUCCCUUUAAAAGUUGUUAAGUAUUAGGGUUUUGAUCAUAUUGUUGCCUGAUAAAGAUGUUUCUACAAUUGUUUAAGUGUUAUAGGAUUUCAUUCUGUUAACCUUGCACAUAUUUUGUACUAAAGAUGUGAACUAGAGGGGUGGAGGUAUAUAACAUUCAACUUUUUACGCGCUUUACAACAUAAUGGCACCUUUUGAUUUUUAUUCAAAUUUGCUCUUUAGUUGUAAGAACGCAACUGUUCCAACCAGAAUUAUGUGUAGAAAGUCAGUUUAAAAUGUCAGUGCCACUGAAGCCCGCAGAAUAAAGCUGGAGUUACAUUCAACCUUCUA